AUGAUGAAAUGGAGGAUUUUGGCUGUCACCGAGCACCAAUGUGACGUCCGUAUCGUGUCCUUCAGGGCCAAAGGUGGGUUUUUUGUCGCGGUGGGUGCAACGAUCACCAUGAUGGUAUCGAGUCAGAAUGCAAAGCCCCCCGACCCGGCGGAGCCACCAAAUGGAGCUACCAAACCUGCAAAGCCCCUGACUGCUGAUCAGAGCGGAUCGCCUGGUCCGGACUCUUGUUACAAGACAAUACACGAUUGA